AUGUCUGGGGCCGGGGGAAUGCACGGGGCAAUGGGGGACGGCUCCAAUGGCGGAAACCCACAAGGCACGGAAUACACGUUACAGGGCGUGAUGCGGUUCCUCCAGACCGAAUGGCAUCGACACGAGCGCGACCGUAAUGCAUGGGAGAUCGAACGCGCCGAAAUGAAAUCUCGCAUCGGCCGACUAGAGGGUGAAUUACGGACAAGCAAGCGUCUUCACGAGUCUCUGGGCAAGCACGUUCGACUGAUGGAGUCGGCGCUGAAGAAAGAGCGGGAGAAGGUGAAGAAGCUCUCCAAUAACGAGACACUCGAGGGCCCAACAGAUCCCAAGGAGAUUGCGCGGGACAGCAUCAACUUUUUGAAAGCGCAACGUCCGUCCAACCACGAACCGGAUGCGGGCCAGGACGACUCCAUGAACUCCAAUGACUUCCGCCAGGAGGAUGAGCGGGAUAAAUCACGGGUUUACCUUUCCAAGUGCGCCCAAGAAAUCGCCUAUCACGUUAUUCCUACAUCACAUCCGGCCCCGGACCUCAGUGAUCCCGAUCUAUCUAGCCACUUCUACAACCAACAACUAUCGCAGCAAAAUCUGGAGGAGGCAUAUCUUCAGCAGCAGCAGCAGCAACAACAGCAACAGCAACAACAACACCAACAACAGCAGCAGCAAAAAGCCAAUCAUAUGGUUUCGCAUGAGGUGGUCCUUCCGAACCAUCAGUCGAUGAGCGGACAAUAUGGAGACAAUGUGGCCGUGGGUCGCGCCCAGAACCAAUACAAUCACUCGUCUGCCCCUCGCGAAGUAGUUGAUCGACGUCAGCUCGAACAGCAGCAAGCCUCGGCCAAUGCUGCUGAGAAUCAAAAGCAAAUCUACGAACAAGGUCUAGUGGACGACCGCGCAGCUGGAACUCAGACUUCAUACGAUGGUACAGGCCCUCGUGUAGCCGUGCAAGAGGAUGUGCAGCCGGAAAAGGGGACCGAAGAGAACGCGGAAGACAUGGAUGGCUGGAAUUUUGAUGAGCCCACAGGGCAAGAACCUGCGAGCGAGCCCAUGCCGCCACAUCGACCGGACACCGAUGCAUUCCCAAACGCCAACUUUGUUCGCUCGAAGUCGCCGUCCAGGGGUGGAUCCCUCUCUCACCGACGGAAAAGCUCUGGCUCUCGGAGGAAAAGUGAGGGUGCGGCGGAGUCGCGGGAUUAUGGCGCUGGAUUCGGCCAACAGGACUCUAAUUUUAAGGUUAGGUUUGCCCUCCGUGGACAUCUCGAUGUCAUCCGCUCUGUGAUCUUCACAGGGGGUGGCAGCCCAUCCGAGCCAGAGAUUUGCACAUGCAGCGACGACGGUACCAUCAAGCGGUGGAUAAUCCCAGCUACGUACGGCACGUUUGGAGCCCAGGGUCCGAGCUCGAGUAACGACUUAGACAUCACCAGCUACUUCACCCAUCGCGGCCAUGAAGGCGCUGUGACUUCGCUAGCGUCUUGUUCGCCAUCGCAAAACAUCUCAAAUGGCGGCCGAGUCCUGGGUGAUGGUUGGGUCUUCUCCGGCGGACAAGAUGCCAGUGUGAGGGUAUGGGAACGUGGCCGUGUUGACCCCAAGGCUACCCUGGAUGGGCACACAGAUGCGGUGUGGGGGCUCUGCGUGCUUCCUGGGACGGCUGGUUCUGUCUUUGGCGACUCGUGCAGUCACUACGGCGGCGCAGACCGCAUUUUGUUGGCAUCUGGCGCAGCUGACGGCCGCAUCUUGAUCUGGGCCGUCAGUUCACCUCCUCUUGUCUCCUCACCCCAGGCUGGAUCGCGUCGCCAGGGCGGCAGCCGUCGUGCAAACUCGAUCUCAUCCGGAUCCAACUUCCCAUCCUCUCCACAGCCCAGCGUCGCUACCGCCACUCCUUUCCACUACACUUUGGUCCAUCACAUUCAGCGCAGCGACUCUCCAUCUCCCACUUGCAUCAGUCCCUUGUCCCUAGCCGGAGUUAAUUUUGUCGUCUCCUACACGGAUGCCUCAAUUCUCGUCUACGACACACGAACAGGCGAGGAAAUUGUUGGCAUGGCUAGUCUCGAAACCUACGAUGGCACGCCAUCAACCGGCGUUAAUUCUGUAGUUGCUACUACCGUCGGCUUUGAUGGUUCUGCCCAUUUGGAUCCCAACCGCACCAUGGCUGAAGAAGAGGUUGUUCACGGAGCCACGGGGUCAAGCAGUGUGGAAGGUGUGAUCAUUAGUGGCUAUGAAGACCGAUACAUUCGCUUCUUCGAUGCCAACAGUGGUCAAUGUACGUACACCAUGCUGGCCCACCCGGCUGCGAUUGCCUCGUUGUCACUGUCUCCGGAUGGACGUGAACUUGUCUCGGCUGGUCAUGACGCCAGCCUGCGCUUUUGGAACCUUGAGAAGCGUAGCUGCACCCAAGAACUGACCAGUCACCGAUUGAUGCGCGGUGAGGGCGUCUGCGCUGUUGUCUGGAGCCGUGACGGACGCUGGGUCGUUAGCGGUGGCGGAGAUGGCGUGGUCAAGGUCUUCUCGAGAUGA